UCCAGCCAUAGCGAGAGGGAAGGCGACGCUUGUCUUGUUCGAAAGCAAUUUAACACGAGAUAUGGCGAGCCAUGGUCGCCAGUCCUCAGACAUGAGAUUUGGAGCAAUGGGCCGUGAAAGAGGCAGUGAGAGGGAGAGAGACCGGGAUAGAGACCGUGACAGAUACCACCGUCACAGGUCACACUCUCGAGAACGAGACCCAUCCAGACGAGACCGAGAGAGGGAGCGAGAGCGUCGUGAUAGAAGAAGUCGUUCCAGGUCCCGUUCUAGGUCAAGAUCUCCACGAGGAAACCGCCGAAGGUCACCUGUGUACAUGGCUGGGCCAUCAGGGAAGCACGAUGAAGCUCCAAUGGAAGAAUUAACUGCAGAAGAGAAGCAAAUGGCAGAAGUUAUGGGUUUUGCAUCAUUUCACUCCACCAAAGGAAGGUUGUUUUUUAGUGUAUGGGGAGCAACUUGUAGUGAUGGUAAGAAGCACGAAGAACUUGCUGAUUAUGAAGAGUACAAAGAGUGGUUGAACAAAAAAAUGGAAAUUAGAUAUGCUGAGAAGGAAAAGGAAUUUGCAGAAAUGAAAGCACAAUAUAUAAAGGAGCGAGAAGAGCGUCAAAGAAGGCUUGAUGAAAGAAGACGGGCAGAUUUUGAAAGAAGAAGUCGGGAAAGUGGAUACAGAGAUGAGAGGUCAAGCCGGUCUCCAAGGAGAAGGCACAGGUCGCCCUCAAGAGGUCACGAUAGAGACUAUGACCCCCUGGACAGAUAUAGGGGCCGUGACAGUGACAGAAGCAGGCAUUACAGUAGUGACAGAGAGAGGCCUUACAGCAGCGACAGGGAUAGGUCUUAUGGAAGUGACAGAGACAGACCCUACAGCAAUGACAGAGACAAACCCUACAACAGUGACAGAGACAGGCCCUACAGCAAUGACAGAGAUAGGCCCUACAACAAUGACAGAGAUAGGCUGUACAAUAGUGAAAGAAACAGACCAUAUAACAGUGACAGAAGCAGGGAUCAGGAUCAAAUUAGCAGUUACAGUAGCAGAGACAGGAGUCCCAGGCCAAGUGGCAGAGGUUUUGGUGGAGGGUCACACAAUUUCAGUUAUCCCAUGCACAGAGAUAGCAGCGUGGAAAGGAUACUGGAUCGUAUGCCCUCAGGACUUGGAAUGAAAAGAUCGUAUGACUUUUAAAGAAACAAAGAAGCACCACCCCCAAGAAACCUUAACAGUGACUUCCAUCAUGAGGGGACCUUUAGUUAAAGGUCUUGUACCAGCAAUGAAUGACACUGCUUCAGUGAUGAAACUCAUGUCCUUAUGGAAUUCUUGUGUGCAAAUUGCUUUUGUUUAUAAUCUUUUUAUUUUUUAUACAUUAUUUCUUUCCCUCUCUCUUCAAGGCUCCCUCAUCCAUUCUUUUAAUAGAGUCAAAAGCUAUUUUUGUUAUCAUCAGUUUUGUCAUAAUGGUAAUAAUUUUCUUUUAUCUAAAGUAUUGGUAUGUUAGCGGUUAGGUUAUAGUUCCUUAGUAUAGUUCCUUGUUUUUUCAUAUUUUUCCUUUUUUCUUACUUUCAUUAUUGCUACUGCACAUUUUAAAAUUUAAAAUGUAGCAUAAUUAGGUUUAUAAAAUCAAAUGAAUUUUUUGGUGGUUUUUGAUACCAACCUUGAGCAUUAUUUUUACAUCAACUCAAAUAAUUGCCGCAUAAAUCAUAAAUUUGUAUCAUAAGGACAGACAGGAUAAUUUGAUACUAGUCAAAGGCUGUACUACUUGACUUCACAUUUGUUUUGUAAAAGCAUCUGAUUGGUUCAUAUAACAUAAAUACAGGUCUUCAUUUUUUUUAUAAAAAUCUUUCCUUUAUAAUGACAACAAUAAAAGGGUAAAACUGACUAUCAUACAAUGUCAGUACUUAUGCAGUACUGUAUUAGUCCCAGUGUUAACCCUGUUCUGCGGGGGAUAGCAUGUACUCAUAUUCCAUACCCACAAUGAGCUUAAUAUAUUAAUUGUAUUUACACAUAGAUGGCUCCAACAAGUGGUUAGUCACCAAUGAGUCUGACCUAUCUUGUCUGUUAAUCAUUUUCCUUGAUUUUUGGAAAUAUUUGACUUUAUUUUCUAUUGCUAUUAGUAUUGUUAAUAACACUGUAAUAAUUAUAACGUAAAUAAUUGACCCCUUGGUGGCAGAACACUUGUGGAGCUAUUGAGGUGUAGAUAUAUUUCACAAAACAAUAUUACAGUAAACAUCACAUUUUCCUGGCAGCAUUGGGUUAAUGGUCUUUUGAAUGCAUCCAUAUUUUAAAGUUUCUUUAAAGAGAUAAAUGGUGGUGCCAAUUGAAUAUGAUGUAAUGAAUGUCGCAGGUUUGAUAUCCAGAAACAAUAAUAAUUUUAAGAAAUGGUUACCUCUAAGCUCAAACAGUUAGCAAGUCAACUGUUUGACAAUGCCAAUGCUGACAGGUGAUUUCCCAAUACACAAGCCCUCUCUCCCUGGUUGUAGCCCAGGCCCUGCUCCCGGGGGCUCAUGUCGUCACCCUACAUGCCCCAGACAAUGGGAUUGGCGCACCAUGUCAAUUGGCGCACCAUGUCCAGGCAUACCAUGGCAUGUAUGUAAAUGCCACCCGAGGGCUAAGGGUUAAGGAAGUAUUGGCUAUGUUUAUGUAAGAGAACAGCAUAUAUUCAGGAAUAAUUAGAUGUUAACCCAAGACUUUCUAGUGUCGUUUUCUUUUGUGAAUUUUAUUUCACAUUAAUGGCUCCACAAAUGCUCAGCUGCCAAGGGGCCACUUAGUAAGCCUAAGUGUCCACAGUUGAUAUAUCCUUUCCUUGUGUGUUUUUUUUUCUAAUGCUAUCAAUAGUGAUAUUAUUAUUGUUGAUAUUGAUUGUUAUAAUAGUAUUAACAAUAAUAAUAGAAAUAAGAUUUUUUUUUUUCCAAAAUUCAAGGAAAAGGGUCAACAGGUGAGCCAGGUAGGAGUAGUAUUUGACUCAUUGGUGACUAAGCACUUGUGGAGCCACCUAUGUGCAAAGACAAUCAAUAAACAAAAAGACAGUGGGUCUGGAAUGUAUUCUUGCUAUCCUGACAACAGUGGGUUAAGUAACAUAGCCUCCUGAAGAGUGCAUCUUUGCUGUGUUGCAGCCAUUCUAAAGGUCAUAACUUUGUACAUUGGCCUUACCUCUUUUGUAGUACAAGAGAUGACAGGAUCUUUUAAGUCCAUAAUGUAUUGUACAGAUAUCUCUUGUUAUUGGUAAGAUCACUAAGUUAAUUGUUAGCUACAUGUGCAGUACUUGUAAGUAAAAUUGAAGACAUAAAAUGGCUGAUGAAUGUUACUCAGAAACACUUAACUUUUAACACAUGGCUAAAUCAUUGAAGCAUGAGAAAGGCUGAUCUAUUCUUUAUGUACAUUAAUAUAUUGUAUGUCAAGUGAAUGCUAUUUGGAAUACUGUUAUUUUACAAGAAGAGAUUUGACCCAAUUUGUUUUGAUUACAUACUGAUAGAUUUCCUGGAUAACUCAUUAUCUUUGGAUAUCAUAGAUUUGUCAUGAUGAUAUUGCCACCUUCAUAAAACGUCACUCUGUGGAGACCAUCCCCCAAAUAAUAGGACAGUGUAGUCAUUAUGAGAGUUUUUAUUUAUAUAAUUUUGGCUUUCUUUUUCUUUAUUUCUUUGUGAAGUAAAAAGUUCUUUGUAGAAGGGAUAUGUCAUUUGCCGGUUAAUUUUUAUUUAUAUGUUCAUCAAGACCAAAAAAAAAUUUAAUCCCAGCAAACAUAUUUCUUGGCCAUGUUAUUAGGUACUAAAUAUAUAUAUAUAAAUAAAUAUUCAGAAAUAAAUACAGUUUACAUGUAAAGUAUUCUUUGAUUAUGACUUUCAUUUCUAUAUAUUGAUGAAAAUUUUUAUUCUUUAUAAACACACCCUGCAGUUUGUGUGUGUGUGCAAUUACAGUAUGAUGGUAUUGUAAUUGUGGCUACAAAGUUCAGCAUUAGGUUAUGAAAAACUGUGGACCUGUAAUUUCAUUCAUAUAAUCUUUUUAGUUGUUAAACUUCGUAAUUUGUGUAAAAGGUCUAUAGAUAAGGAUGUUUAAUUAUAUUUGUCUGUAUUUGGAUUUAAUUUUAAGAAGUAAGAUGUUUUCUGGAAAAGGAGGUCUUUUUACUUUAAGAAAUAAGUAAAGUGUUUACAUGAAAGAACGAAGUGCCUGCAGCUUACUGACGUAGGCAUUAUCUUGGUAAUAUUACUGAAAUACCAGCUUCAGUUUGAAGAAAAGUGAUUUCUGGCUGGGUGACGUGCUUACAAGAGAGCAUGGGUGGGCAAUCUUUAAGUAGUGGUGUUUUUUGUAAACCUUACAUUUAUCUUACUUUGAGUUAAAUAGGUGUUUUACUGUAAAAUUUUCAGUUUAAUAAAAGAUCAAGAACUUGC